AUGAAACAGUUGGGAUCCCACGAUUUUGAACAAGGAGUUACUCCUUUUCACAGAUUCGUAGAAACAAUGUCCGUAUUGCCUGGAUUUGCAGCUGAUGAUGGUUUUAAGGCUCCCGCUGAAUGGGAUGUCCAUGAGCAGACGUGGAUGGGUUUUCCUCAAAGACCCGAUAUCUGGAGAGAGAAUGCCGCUCCGGCUCAGAAAGUGUUUGCCAACGUAGCUAAUGCGAUUGCACGCUUCGAACCUGUAACCGUUUGCGCCCCGAAAGAGCUCUACACUGUUGCGCGCUCUUUGUUGGAUAAGAAUGUUCGUGUGGUGGAGAUGUCGAUGAACGAUUCUUGGUUCAGAGACACGGGAGCGAUCUUCGUGAAGAACGAGGAGGGAGUCGUCCGUGGAACGAAUUGGCUGUUCAAUUCUUGGGGUGGUCUGAAUGGCGGCUGCUACGAUUACUGGGAAGAUGACCUGCUGGUAGCAGGCAAGAUGUGCAACAUCGAGCGUGUUCCCUACUACAAGUACAACAUGAUUUUGGAGGGAGGUUCGAUUUCGUUCGAUGGCGAGGGAACGUUGCUGACAACGGAGGAAUGUCUGCUGAACCCGAACCGAAACCCCUCGAUGACGAAGGAGCAGAUCGAGGCGGAGCUGAAGCGUGGCUUGGGAGUGGAGAAGGUGAUCUGGCUCCCGAACGGUUUGUUUGGCGAUGUGGAUACGAACGGCCACGUCGACAAUUUCUGCGUUUUCGCGCGCCCUGGCGAAGUGUUGCUCUCGUGGACAGACGACGAGAAGGAUCCGCAGUAUCCCAUCAGUCAGCACGCGUACAAGCUGCUGGAGGCCGCGACGGAUGCGAAGGGUCGCCACUUGAAGAUCCACAAGCUGCACAUCCCUUCGGACAUCAUUCGCACGCCCGAGGAGUUCGCGGGACUGACGCAGGAGGAGGGAACGAUCGAGCGCGAAGAGAAUCAGCGCCUGCCGGCGUCCUACGUGAACUUUUACUUCGCGAACGGCGCGAUCAUUUCGCCUUGCUUUGGCGUGAAGGAGGACGAGAUGGCUCGGAAAGUCUUCCAGGAAGUGUUCCCGGAGCGCGAAGUGGUGAUGGUGCCCACGCGCGAGGUUAUUUUAGGAGGAGGCAAUAUCCACUGCAUCACGCAGCAGCAGCCCAAGGGCGUGAAGGCUUAAGCGAGUGCUGCGAUCGUCGACAACUAGGAAUCGAAU